AUGGCCUUCAUGAGGAUUUUAGCUGCUGUAGCUUUGCUUGUUGCAAUGAGUGCUAUAGCAUGUGAAUGUAGAAUAGCACGAAAGGAUCUUGGCUUGAACCUGGGUGGGGUGGGAGUUGGAACGGGUUCUGGUUUAGGAAUUGGAAUGGGUUCUGGUGUGGGAAUUGGAAUGGGUUCUGGUGUGGGAAUUGGACUUGGUGGGGGAAGUGGUGCUGGCUCUGGUGCAGGUGCAGGGUCUGGAUCUGGUUCAAGUUCUGGUUCUGGUUCUGCUUCAGGAUCGGGAUCGGGAUCAGGGUCUUCUGGAGCAGGUUCUGAGGCUGGUUCACAUGCAGGAUCUCAUGCUGGUUCAGGGGCUGGGUCAGGAGCCGGUUCUCAAGCAGGCUCUGAAGCUGGUUCACAUGCAGGGUCAGGGGCUGGAUCAGGAGCCGGUUCUCAAGCAGGCUCCGAAGCUGGUUCACAUGCAGGAUCUCAUGCAGGGUCAGGAGCCGGUUCCGAUGCGGGUUCAGAAGCUGGUUCUCGUGCAGGAUCUCAUGCUGGGUCAGAGGCUGGUUCAGGAGACGGUUCUCAAGCAGGCUCCGAAGCUGGUUCACAUGCAGGAUCUCAUGCAGGGUCAGGAGCCGGUUCCAAUGCGGGUUCAGAAGCUGGUUCUCGUGCAGGAUCUCAUGCUGGGUCUGAGGCUGGUUCAGGAGCCGGUUCUCAAGCAGGCUCCGAAGCUGGUUCACAUGCAGGAUCUCAUGCAGGGUCAGGAGCCAGUUCGGAUGCGGGUUCAGAAGCUGGUUCUCGUGCAGGAUCUCAUGCUGGGUCUGAGGCUGGUUCAGGAGCCGGUUCUCAAGCAGGCUCCGAAGCUGGUUCACAUGCGGGAUCUCAUGCAGGGUCAGGAGCCAGUUCGGAUGCGGGUUCAGAAGCUGGUUCUCGUGCAGGAUCUCAUGCUGGGUCUGAGGCUGGUUCAGGAGCCGGUUCUCAAGCAGGCUCUGAAGCUGGUUCACAUGCAGGAUCUCAUGCAGGGUCAGGAGCCGGUUCUGAAGCAGGUUCAGAAGCUGGUUCUCGUGCAGGGUCUCAUGCUGGGUCAGGGGCUGGAUCAGGAGCUGGUUCUGAAGCCGGUUCUGAAGCUGGUUCCAAUGCAGGAUCUCAUGCUGGGUCAGGAACCGGUUCUGAAGCAGGUUCCGAAGCCGGUUCAUAUGCAGGUUCUCAUGCCGGAGCUGGGUCAGGGUCUUCUGAAGCGGGUUCGGAAGCUGGUUCAUAUGCCGGUUCCCAUGCUGGAUCAGGAAAUUGA